AUGGCGAUGUCUUCUUCCUCGUUUCUAUCGACGCCUUCUCUCUCCAAUUCAAAAUCCACCAUUUCAUUCGCUUCCUCCGUCUCCCCAACGCCUAUCCCUUCCCUCCGACGCGUCAUUUUCCGCUCCUCGAUUCCGUCGUCUUCCCACCGCAGAGUAAUGACCGUCCGAUCCAAGGUCAGGGAAAUUUUCAUGCCGGCGCUCUCUUCCACCAUGACGGAAGGGAAAAUCGUAUCCUGGAUCAAAACCGAAGGCGAGAAACUCGCCAAGGGAGAGAGUGUUGUGGUUGUGGAGUCUGAUAAGGCGGAUAUGGACGUCGAGACCUUCUACGAUGGAUAUCUCGCCGCAAUCGUCGUCGGAGAGGGAGAGACAGCUCCGGUAGGCGCUGCGAUCGGAUUGCUGGCGGAGACUGAGGCUGAGAUCGCAGAAGUUAAGUCCAAAGCCGCCGCUUCGAAAUCUUCCUCUUCCUCUCCUCCCGCUGUUGCUGCGGCGGCCGUUGUUCCAUCUCCACCUCCGGCUACUUCAUCUCCCGCCCCGGCGAUCGCUCAGCCGGCUCCGGUGGCGACGGUACCAGAGGGUCCGAGAAGAACCAUAGCGACGCCGUACGCUAAGAAGCUCGCGAAACAGCACAAGGUGGAUAUCGAAUCCGUUGCAGGAACGGGACCAAACGGUAGAAUCACAGCUUCCGACGUGGAGGCAGCGGCCGGAAUCGCUCCUUCCGUGACCGCACCGCCUCCUCCUCCUCCUGCUGCUGCAUCACCGGCUACAGCAAAAGCAACAAGCACCACUAACUUGCCUCCUCUAUUGCCUGACUCCAGCGUUGUCCCCUUCACAACAAUGCAAUCUGCAGUAUCCAAAAACAUGAUUGAGAGUCUCUCCGUUCCAACGUUCCGUGUUGGUUAUCCGGUGAACACUGAUGCUCUCGAUGCACUCUACUUGAAGGUGAAACCAAAGGGAGUAACAAUGACAGCGUUAUUGGCCAAAGCUGCAGGGAUGGCUCUGGCUCAGCAUCCUGUGGUGAACGCAAGCUGCAAAGAUGGGAAGAGUUUCACUUACAAUAGUAACGUUAACAUUGCUGUUGCUGUUGCCAUCAAUGGCGGCCUGAUUACGCCUGUUCUACCAGAUGCAGAUAAGUUGGAUCUAUACUCGUUAUCACGGAAAUGGAAAGAGCUGGUGGAGAAAGCUAGAAGCAAGCAAUUGCAACCUCAUGAAUACAACUCUGGAACUUUCACAUUGUCGAAUCUCGGUAUGUUUGGAGUGGAUAGAUUUGAUGCUAUUCUUCCUCCAGGACAGGGUGCUAUAAUGGCUGUUGGAGCGUCAAAGCCUACUGUAGUUGCUGACAAGUCUGGGUUCUUCAGUGUGAAAAGCCAAAUGUUGGUGAAUGUGACUGCAGAUCAUCGUAUUGUGUACGGAGCUGACUUGGCUGCUUUUCUUCAAACCUUUGCAAAGAUUCUCGAGAAUCCAGAUAGCUUGACCUUGUAG